AUGAAAAGCAAACGAAUCAUUACCGAUGACGACGACGACGAUGAGGAAGAAGAGAAUAUAUUUUCAAAAUUCGGACAGUCCUCAUCCUCUUCUUCAUUGACCUCAUCCUCUGCUCCUUCCUUCUCUUCCAAUAAUUUCAUCAUCACGAAUACGAACACCGCUUGGUUCAAACGAUCGGAGGAGAGAAUGACCUCUUCUUCUUCAUCUCCACAGAGCACCGCCAUCACUGAUAGUUCGAUUCAAACAAAAUUAAAACGAUUGUCCAUCCAUGAGCAACAUGAUGAGCCUCAGCAUGAAAAGUUCGCUCAUUCACUUUCAUCUAUUUCACAUCUUGGUCAGACAUCGCAACUGCUCUCAUCUUCCAGUCAUCAACCAGCGAAACUAGAAUCAGAGAAGGAUAGAAAGAAGCGAUAUAAUGCCCUCAUUAGAGCUGCCAGAGAUUUGGAAAAGAAGAAAGAACAUCCUUCUUUGUUUUUACACAUGUAUGAGGAAGCUUAUUCUUUGUUUAGUGUUGACAGUAAGCUAUUGGGAAAAAUUCAAAAGUAUAAAAGUAUGCUUGGUGACAACAAUUCGCAAUACUUGCUGCUGUCAACAUCUUCCGCAACAAUUAACAACGGUAAUGUCACGAAUGUCAUCAAACAGGAACAUCACACUUCAGCAACAAUUGAUAUUGAAACAGAUCCAAACGGUACAGAAAAAAACAAUUUAUUGCAAUCUUUGAACAAUGACACGCCAUCGGUUCAUACAACAAAUAGUGACAAACUGGAAUCUUCAUUUAUUGAUUCAUCUGUCAUGCAGUCUCCACAAUCAGGAAGAGUGAAGAAGCGAUUCAAAAAACUUGACAAUGGAUUUAUUUUCGACACAAAGGCAGAUCUCUAUCUUUUGAUGGACCAAAAAGCAAAACAAGAGCGAAGAAUACCUUUUAAACUUGCAGCCUUGAUUUAUGAUAAACUUUAUGACUAUCAGAGAGAGGCAAUUUUGUGGUAUUGGAACAAACACAAGUCCAUUCAAAAUAAGAUCCAAGGAGGUAUUUUGGCAGAUGACAUGGGAUUGGGAAAGACAGCAACAACCAUUGCAUUUAUUUCUGGCCUUUUUGCAGGAAAUAGUGUAAAAUAUGUCAUGAUUGCAAUGCCUGUAAGCUUGAUUGAAAAUUGGAGAAAAGAAUUUACAAAAUGGAGUGAGGGUGACUUUAACAUUUUCGUCUUUCACUCUUUAACAAAGAACCAGAGAUUGGAUAUUCUUUCACAAUUCCGAGAAGAGGGAGGAGUUUUAUUAACCACCUAUGGAACGAUUUCUUCACAAAUUAAAUUAUUUGUGGAACACUUUGUGGACAAGAACUAUGAGUUUGAUUACAUCUUUCUCGAUGAAGGUCACAAACUCAAAAAUCCAAACACUCUCCUCUCCAAAUGUUUGCAUCAACUUCCAACAUCCAUGUGUCGAUACGUCAUUUCAGGAACACCUGUUCAAAACAAUCUUCUCGAAAUGCAUGCUCUCUUAGAUUGGAUCUUUAAGGGAAGUCUUCUUGGAAAUCGUGCAACAUUUAGAGAAGAAUUUGAAAAGAAAAUUUUGAGAGCCAAUGAAAAAGACGCUACAAGUUUUGAGAAGAAAUUAGGAAUUGAAAUUUUGAAACGUUUCAGAGAGUUGAUUGGACCUCACUUGUUGAGAAGAGAAAAGUCACAAGUGUUAGGAAUACAGAGAGCGUCCUUGUCCAACUCAAACUCUCCUUCCACAACACGAGUCUCUUCAACAUCUUCAACAAUCAGCUCUUCAAUAUUGUCUCAAGAGAAGAGAAUUGGAAAAAAGAAUGAUCUUGUGGUAUGGAUUAAAUCCACAGAUUAUCAACUUCAACUCUAUAGAGAUUUUCUCAAGAGUGAGGAUGUGAGUGAUGUCAUUAAUCGAUCUACAUCUCCAUUAGCAGCCAUUACCAUUUUAAAACAAAUCUGUUCACAUCCUGAUUUACUUCCCAACAAUGAAAGAAAAUCAUUGAAUGUUCAAGAAAUGAUUUCCAUGAGUGGCAAAAUGAUUUUUCUCAAAUCAUUGGUUGAGAAAUUGUAUAAGGAAAAUGAAAAGUGUCUCAUCUUUAGUCAAAGUACUAAAAUGUUGGACAUGAUUGCAUCCAUGUUAAAAUUCAUCAAUAUUUCAUAUACCAGAAUUGAUGGAAGUAUUAACAGCCCAAAGGAAAGACAACGUCGUGUGGAUGCGUACAAUGCUCCAAAUUCUCCUUACUUUUGCUUUUUAUUGACCUCGCAGACUGGAAGUGUUGGAUUGACACUUACGGCAGCAACAAGAGCAAUUAUUUUCGAUCCAAGUUGGAAUCCUUGUAAUGACAAUCAAGCAGCAGAUCGAUGCUAUCGUAUUGGACAAUUGAAAGAUGUCGUAAUUUAUCGAUUAAUUUCUUGCUCUACAAUUGAGGAAAAAGUUUAUAGAAAACAAGUAUUCAAAGAUGCCAUUUUCAGAUCAACAACUACUGAAAAAGAAAAUCAAUAUCGUUAUUUCACACAUUCAGAAUUGAGAGAACUCUUUUCACUUCCACAAAAUCCAAAUAUUUCUGAAACCCAAUUACAAUUAGAAUCGAUUCACAAAGCAUCAAAUAAUCAUUAUAGCGAAAAACUCAAACAACAUCUUGAUACUGUAAAAAGACAAAACAAACACAUCAUUACUGGAUUUAGUAAUCAUGACUUGUUAUAUUCAAAACAAGCAGAUGAUGUUCAAUAUGGAGCUGAAGAUGAUUUACAAAUAUCCAUUCUUGCAGACGACUCUGCCAGAGCUCUUCAUGAAGAAUCCAUCCAUUCGAGUCGAAAUUCUUCAACAAUUCCAACAACAAGGAAUCAUCGAUCAAAAAGAAAGGUGACGACACUUUUCGACGAGGAAAGAGUAGGUUCUUCUAUGAAUGGUCGAACCAAAGAGUAUGCUUCUUCCACAAAAGUAGUUGGUCUUUCUCCACCACCUUCUGAAUUUUCAUUCCUUUCCGAAAAGGAAAAUAUCGCAAACAACCCAAAUUUUUUACAACAUGGAGUUCCAAAAAUCAUUAAUUCAAGUACAAUUCCAAAUGACAACUCGUCUGCAUCAUCAAUGACAACUACUCGUACAACUGGAAACAACAAGAAAAAUCUCCCAACUAUGUCAUCAUCAUCAACAAUUUCUAAAACCUUCUCAACUCCUCCUCGAUCUUUAAGAAGGAAUCAUUUAACAGAAAAUAAGAGAAUGGAUUAUGAGCUUAGUCCUUCUCCAACGAGUGGAGAUGUAAAUGAUGUGAAUGACCACUCAAUGAUGAUGAGUCCUCCAACUUUGAUUCCUGUCCAUUCCAACGUUGAAGUUUCACAUCACUCGAAAACAACAAGAACAUCUGACACGAGUGAGAGUGGUGACAAGAAUUCUUCGUUUGAAAAGAUUCAACGAAGACUUUCUUCCUUCUUUGGACUUAUUGAUGAAGAAGAUGAAAAUUAUGAACCAUCUGAUGAUGAGGAAGAGCAAGUGUUGAAGGCAGUGAAGGAAGUGGAGGAUUCCAAGACAAUUAAGAAUCAUGAGGAUGAUGAAUAUCCAAUUGUGGAUCUGAAACAAGAUCAUUCUUUGAAUGCAAAGACAUUAUUUGUGGAUGAUGUUGCUGAACAGGAUGGUGGUGACGAUGAAGAUGAAUACGAAGAGGAAGACAAUACAUUUGAUGAUGAUGAUGAGGGUUUUAUAUGUGACGAUGAAGAUGAAUACAAUGAAGAAGAUGAUGAUCCAACCAUGAAGAUUACUCCAAUGAAACCACCACCAUCAUUGGAUCGUGAUGAUGAUGACUGUUACAAGGAAAGUAGUGGUGACAAUGUGGAUGGAAUAAUGUUAUUCUCACCUAUGACUGCUACUCAUGAUCACACAAACCAUGAAGAAAGAGCAGAACAAAAAGAGGAUUACAUGAUGAUGAGUCCACCACCUAUUCAUGAUUCUUCCUGUCGAGAAGGUGCUAUUGCUGAGAUGGCGGCUUCCAUUCAUGAUGAUUUAUCAACUUCUCAACAUCAGGAAUAUUCACAUGAGUAUUUGAGCUUGUUAAGAGAAGCUAGAAAUGUAGAAUUGAGUGGUGAUUUACUUUAUGCCAUUCACUUGUAUAUGAAUGCUUUAGAGCUGUGUGAUGGAGAUAUUAAUUUGCAUUGUAAAAUUAAUUACUUGGCGAAUACUCUGAGAUUUAAUGAUCAUGGAAUGGAAUGGAAGUAA